CAUUUCUAACCUUUUCUAGAAUCAUCUGUACUUCUCAAGAUAAUUCGCAGUCGGUGAGCAACGUAAAGCAUACAAGACAUAUUAUCAGCAUUUAUAUAUAUAUACACAUAUAUAUAUAGAGGUGUAAAGCACCUACUAUACUAUAUCAUACUUAGUGGCUGCGUUUUUUUCCUUCACGUCCAAACAACGACUUGUUGAACUUGUUACCAAGAAGAAUAAGGAAACAAAAAACGAUAUAAACAUUCAAAAUGGUGAAAGAAACGGGUUACUAUGACACACUUGGCAUUUCACCAACUGCUACUGCAGAUGAGAUUAAGAGAGCUUAUCGAAAAUUGGCACUUAAAUACCAUCCUGAUAAAAAUCCAAAUGAAGGAGAAAGAUUCAAAUUAAUCAGUCAAGCUUAUGAAGUACUAAGUGAACCCAAGAAAAGAGAAAUCUAUGAUCAAGGUGGAGAAGAAGCAAUUAAAGGGGGUGGGGCAGGGGGUAGUGGAUUUGAGUUCCAUUCUGCUAUGGACAUUUUUGAUAUGUUUUUUGGAGGACAUGGUAGACGUAGUACGCCAUCUAAAGUUAAAGACAUUGUACAUCAGCUAAAAGUUACUUUGAAAGAGUUAUACAAUGGAGCAACAAGAAAGUUAUCUAUCACUAGAGAUAUAAUAUGUGAUAAAUGUGAUGGGCGAGGUGGCAAAGAAGGUGCAGUAAUGACAUGUCAAGAAUGUAAUGGCACAGGUGUCCAAGUAUCUAUCACCCGGCUUGGUCCGGGUAUGGUACAACAAAUGCAAACCGUGUGUUCUGAAUGUGGUGGCAAAAAGGAAACAAUCAAUCCUAAACUUCGCUGCAAAACCUGCAUGGGGAAAAAGACUUAUCAAUCUAAAAAGAUAUUAGAAGUUCAUAUUGAUAAAGGUAUGAAAGAUGGUCAGACAUUUCGAUUUGCUGGUGAUGGUGAUCAAUUUCCAAAAAUGGAAGCAGGAGAUGUUAUCAUAGUUUUGGAUGAACAAGAGGAUGAACUUUUCCGUCGUAGUGGAGCUGAUCUUGAAAUGCCAAUUUCACUGACCCUUACAGAAGCCUUAUGUGGGUUUCAGAAAACUAUUCCCACUUUAGAUGAUCGUAUUUUAGUUGCAACUAGUUUACCCGGUGAGGUUGUCAAGCAUGGAGAUAUCAAGUGUGUUGUUGGUGAGGGUAUGCCUAUAUAUCGUGACCCAUUUGAAAAAGGAGUUUUGAUCAUAAAAUUUACUGUCAAAUUCCCACCAUCAAAUUUUAUUCCCUCAGACAAAUUGGUAGAACUUGAAAAACUGCUGCCUGAACGUAGACCUGUGAACAUUCCAGUUAGUGCAGAAGCAUGUGUUCUGUCAGAAUUUAAUCCAAAAGAACAACGUUAUAGGUCUCAACGCACUGAAGCUUAUGAUGAUGAUGAUGAUGAUCACAUGGGUCAAUCCCGAGUUCAGUGUGCCUCCCAUUGAUAGUUUCCACCUUUAAAAAAAAAAAAAAAGAAAAAAAAAAAAACAUUAGAUUUUUAUUCUACACCCUCCUCCUUUUUCAAUUGAUAAUGUUCAUUCAUUGUCGCUCUUUCAGCUUGAUAGAUCUUUCUGCUUAUUUUAUUCAUGCUUCCUUUUAUUUAUUAUUUUUUGGUUCUAACCAUAUAUAGAAGAUUCCAUAUAUCAUCUACAAAACUUCCAUGAAUUUUUCUUCCCUCUCUAACAUACUUAUGUUACCUUGAUCUCCAUUAAUUUAAUCCUAAACUAGAAUUUCUUGUUCAUGAAUUCUAUAAAGCUCUUGGUAUUCUGAAGAGUGUAAAAUGGAGUAACUUUGCAAUUAUGGUCUAAUCUACUUCUUUAUUGCUAGAUACAUAUAAUAUCGUGCAGACCAAGACAACCAAACAAUACUGACUUUCUUUUUGAUUAUCUAUUGGUUUUGUCUGUAUACUUUUUUGUUGUUUGAUUAUGACUGGCUUUUGAAUAAUAUCCAGACAUAUAACAUGGCUCUUCAUACAAAUGUCUUUCUAUUUAAUAGAUGUAAUAAUUAUGGAAUAAAAUUAGAUCAAACUUUUUAUUCUCCCCUCUUAAUAUUAUCGCUAUCUUUUAACCCUUUUGAUACCAACCUGCCUGGAUCCACCUAUGGGUCUCUGCUACUAAACCUGUUUGUAUUUAUAUUUAAAAAUUAAUUAGUAAAUUGUCUUCUAAAAUGCAACUUUAAUGAAAAAAUUAUUUUACUAAAUCCCUCCACAAAUUUGAUUUUCAAAAUGAACUGAAACCUAUAUAGUGUAAGAUAUACUAGGAAUAUGGUCACAAAAGGGUUAAGAUAUUCUCCUGCAUACAAAUGCAACUGCUGAGUUUGGUGCUGAACAUAUGUAUAACCUAUUAUUUUUGUAUGUUCUUACCGCCAUGUUGCUAUUAAUCUGUAGGAUUUUACCUUAUUUCCCUGCUUGCUCACAAGGUGUUUUUUCAGACUUGUCAUAGCCAUAUUCUUUACUUUAUCAAGCAUUUGGAUGUGAGAUGCUUUUGAUUGAAAAGCAAUAUCUUUGAAGCAUCUGAUGAAACUCAAGCUGAUUGCAGUGUUUGAUUGUGCAUCUAAUGAAUGACAUUUUCAACUGACAUGUUGGCAGUGAUUUGUUUACUAAUAUUUUUUUUUUUUUUUUUUUAAACCUUCAUUUUAGAAAAUGUAGGGAACCACAAGGUAAUAAAUCAUCUAUAAUGAGGAGGCUCUUCUGUAACACAUUUCAUACUAAUUCAUUGAAAUAUUUGAUUCCAAAAUUCUAUGUAUAUAGUAAAUGAAACUAAUUUGUCCUCCUAGUGUAAACAUUGUAUGGAGUUUGAAAUAAAUUCUAAAUGGCAUGUUUCCGUUUA